AAUUAGAUCUAUUAGACAAUUAGAUCUAUAUAUAUAUUGUUAUAUUUUGCCUUCCAUUUUUUAUUUAGGUAUUACUAAUUCAUUUUCAUAUGUAUGUUACAACUGUUAUUCAAAUGUGAAUAAAUAUUUGUGGAAUUUGUAUUACUUAGCAGGGAUGCAUAAUUACUGCAGUUUCCAGUCUGAGGCGUGUCUUCACCUCUCUCUAGGGUCACUAUAUUGCCCGUUAUAAAGUUGUGUUCAUAACUGUGGUACUCUUCAGGCCUGAGCUCACAUCUUACUGAGCCCCUUAGAUUUUCAGUCUCCAGCACUGGACAUACAUUUAUUCAUGCACCUAAUUUGUAAUUUGUUAUAAAAUGUUUAUUCUGUUUGUUCUUUGAGAGAGUCAUGAUAAUUUGUAGUGGCUGAUCUUGUUCUGUUAGUAAUAUCAAAGCAUUUGUCCUGUAAAUAUCAUAGCAUGCUCAUGGUUUGUACAAGAUUAUGGCAGUGACUAAUGAUAGCACCGCUGAGGUUUUGUUGAUGUAUCAACAAUUGUUUCAGGUUGCAAUGACUGAGGGGCCGAUAUCAAGAGUUAGUUUUACAUUAAUAAUGUCACUGUUCUUUACUUAUAUAAAUUGCACCAUGGUCUACACUCUUUGGAGGAAGCCGAUUUUUAAAGAAAGCUCACGUUAUAUUCUGUUUACCCACAUGCUUCUUAAUGACUCAAUACAUCUCCUUGUUACUUGUUUAUUGUAUGUUUUAGGUCUGGCAUUCUUCAAGAUAGUCAAGGCUACUUGUAGUUUUAUAGUGUUUGUUUCGGUUAUUACUUUCAAUAACGCACCUUUAAACCUGGCUGUGAUGUCACUAGAGCGUUAUGUGGCCAUAUGCUUUCCUCUAAGACAUGCUGAAAUAGCCACUCAGAAAAGAACUUAUAUUGCUAUUGGAGUCAUUUGGUUUAUUGCUUCCAUAAACUUAAUAAUUGACUUGCUUUAUGGAGUGGUGAUGGAUUCUAACUUUUUUACCUCACAAAUAAUGUGCACAAGAGAAAGACUCUUCAUAAAGCAAUGGCAAGUAGAUGUUUUUCAGGUAUUUAACAUAUUCUACUUUGCGUCAGUGACUGUGAUCAUCCUUUUCACUUAUAUCAGCAUAGUAAUCACAGCCAAGUCCAUUUCCUCCAAUAAAGACUCUGCUACAAAGGCCCACAAGACUGUGCUGCUGCACCUCGUUCAGCUGGCCCUGUGUCUCUCCUCUUUUCUCUUUGGUUUCUUAGAGCGAGCUGCAGCAAUGGCCACCACCAGCAGUAGCCUCUUCAUGGACCUACGUUAUCUAAACUUUUUUUUUGUGCUGAUCUUGCCUCGCUGCCUAAGCCCACUCAUCUAUGGACUGAGAGAUGAUGCUGUACGGCCCUUAUUCACCUACUACUUUUGCUUUGCAGUGGGCAAAUGCAAGUCUACAGUCAAUGUACACUGA